GGCCUCACCUUCUUCAACGACAGCUCAGUCGAAGACAAACUCAAUUAUGCGUGCGAUCCGAGCUCGUCGGCGUCGGAGGGCUACGGCAGCCGGAUGCUGGAGAAGGACGACACCGUUUUGGACUGGAGGGACUACUUCGACCACCACACCCUCCCCCUCCGGCGCCGGAACCCCACGCGAUGGCCCCAUUUCCCCGCAGAUUACCGCCAGGUGGUUUCCGAGUACAGCGAUCGAAUUGCUUCGCUGGCGCGAGAGUUGCUGGGGCUGGCGUCCGAGAGCCUGGGGCUUGAAACGCGGCGUUUAGAGGAGGCGGUAGGGGAGUUUUGGCAGAACAUUACGAUCAGCUAUUACCCGCCGUGUCCUCAGCCUGAGCUGACUUUGGGCCUGCAGGCCCAUUCGGAUUUUGGUGCGAUUACGCUAUUGGUCCAGGACGAGGUGGGUGGGCUUGAGGUGCUUAAAGACGGAGAGUGGGUUCCUGUGAAGCCUUUGGGUGGUGAUGCCAUUGUUGUUCUUCUAGCUGACCAAACCGAGAUAAUGACCAAUGGGAAGUACAGGAGUGCUCAACAUAGGGCUCUAACCAAUUCCAAUCAGGCACGGCUCUCAGUUGCUACAUUUCAUGAUCCAGCCAAGACAGUGAAAGUAUCCCCUGCUUCUGAGCUUACCAGUGCGUCGACUCCUCCCCUCUACCGGGAAGUUGUUUAUGGAGAUUAUGUGUCAUCGUGGUACACAAAGGGCCCAGAAGGAAAACGGAAUAUCGAUGCCCUCCUGCUUGAACCUUGAUCGUUUGUUGGAAAACCCUCAUUUCCCCAACUUGCCAACACCUUGCAUUCUAGAAUGGAAGCAGAGCAACUGUCAUCAGUAUUUUAGCUGGGGACUUUGGUUUGGGAGGAUUGCAUAGUCUUUCUUAAUCCAUACCACACCUUUAACAAUACAUAAUUCUGUUCAACAUGUACAUGAAUUGGUUAGUUGAUUGCAAAUGUGAAUUCAAGUAUAAUUGGGGGUGUUUUUGUGCACCAUCUUGCUUUAGCUGCAAGGGUUGUUUUUAGCUUUCCUCAUGGACUGAUUUGGAAUUUAAACAGAAAGAUAGACGGCAAAUUCAAAUUGUUUC